AACAGCAACCAGUGUCAGUAUAUUAAAGAAUCGAAAUCAGAAAAGUUUAACUUAUUUGAAUUUUAUAUAUAUAAUAAUUAUAGUUUGCCUUUAAAUAUGAUAUUGUUCUAAAAGACGAAGAAAUAUUUUCUCCCUGCGAUAAUCCGGCCUAUCAUUUUAUCAAGGACUAUUUAGACAUAUCCGAUAUCGAAUUUGAAACCCUAACGAAUGGUUCGGUCUUUGUUAAUGGUGCUAUUGUGUUUACACGAGAUAUUAAAGGAAUGAAUCCUGCUACCAUACAAGCGUUUAAGAAAAAACGAAAUAGUUGGGUUAGCACCAUUUACAAUAUAGAACGCCCAGAUGCUUGUAAGCAUAUUUUCAGUCGCAACGAAAUGUGGGCCGGUUUAAUGGAUGUCAUACCGGAGGAGGAACGAAUAUGUCCAUUUUUCAAGGGUCAAAAGAUACAUUUUAAAGUUGUAGCCGAUAUGUCAGUCUAUUCACCUGAUCCUCAUGGUGCUGGUGAAUAUAAGCUACAAAUAAAAGUUCAAAUUAAAGAACACAAUGCAACUUUUUGCACCAAUUUAUAUGCGGAUAUUUAUAGAGGUUAAUUCGUUUGGAAUUGAAAAUAAAAGCGAUGUAAAUUAUAUUUAAAUAAAAAUAAGUCGGAGUUACGAAUCUAAAAUGGUUA